AUGGAUACCGAGACGGAACCGCUUCGUGUCAAGGCCACGGGCUUUAAGAGGCGCCACUAUGUGAAGCUCUCGGCGCUCCGCCGCUCCCCCGAGCCCAAGCGACCGCCGGGCAGCAUGGCGGAAGCCCCGCUGGUGCCGCGGACGGCCAGCGGAGGCGGUGGCAGCGGAGCAGUGGAUGGGGGGAGCGGAGGCGCGGGGUUGGGGGGAGCCGACAAAGAGGGCGAGCAGGCGUCGCGGAGCGCGUGUCCAUUUGUGGCGCCGACGCUGGCGUUUCUGGUGGCUCGGCGGCGCGCGGUGCUGGUGUGCGCUUCGGCGCUUUGCGCGGCGGUGGCGGCGGGGCUGUUCUGCCUGGUGUACUUCCUCCACCUCGCCUCCUACCAGGUGCCGCGCGCGUGGCGCCUCGCACGCACAAGGGCUCCGUUGAAGGGGGGGCUGGGCAACAGGGUUGGGGCAGAGGGUGGUUGGGAGAAGGGGGAGUCGCUGUCAUCGCAGUGUGCGCUGUGGGCGCACGAGUUGGGCAGUGCACUGCAAUCAUCGCUAGGAGGGGUGCGCGCGCUGGGGGACACGCUCACAGUGCUGCACGCAGCCGUGGACCAGGCGGCGUUCACGCGCCUGGUGGCCUCCACCGACUACACGCGCCCGCUGCUCGCCUUCCCCCCCCCGCCCCCUCUCGCCACUGCAGCAGAGGCGGGGGCGAGUGGGUGGGGGCAGGGGGCGAGCGCCAUGGGGUACGCGCUCUCGCUCAACCACUCCUCGCGCGCCGCCCUCCAGAACCGCUUUCUCAACGCCACCUGUAUCUGGAAUGUGAGUGGAGAGUGCGUGCCUCAGCAGCAGCACUACCUGCCACUGCUCCACUACUCGCCCACCCUCGCCACCAUCCUCUCCCACCUCGCCACCGCCAACAGCAGCACAAGUGGCGUGGGGGCGGCUUAUGUUGGACUGGACAUGCUUUCUGUCCCCCAGCUGGGUCCCGCGGUUGCCCUCUCGGCGCUCUCCGCCCUCUCUGCCCGCCUGCCCUGCACCCUCUCCCCACCCUUCGCCCCUCGCUUCCCCUUCCCUGACAACUCCUCCUCCGCGCCCACCUCUGCCCCCACACCCACCACCAUCACCUCCUCCUCAUCGACCAGCAGCAGCGACCAACCGAGGUCGUUUCCUGCUAAUACAUCUUUGGCAGCAACAGCAGCAGCAGCAGCAGCAGCUCAGUCGCCUGCGGAGCAGCAGCAGAGAGCAGUGGUGGCAUCAGUGCCCGUGUAUGGACGAGCCAUGCCGCCCAACGCCACGUCAGACGAGAUGCAAGCAGCAGUGGUAGGAUUCGCGUUUGCAGUGGCUGACAUGCAGCUCGCCCUCUCACAGCUGUCUCAGGCGCCGUCCAGCAGCAGCAGCAGCUGUGGGUCAGCGGCGCUGCUGCUGCAGCUGCAGGACACCACGGCCGCCACCACCACGCUCGUCCUCGCACAGUAUCCCCCGCUGCAGCCCCCCGCCAUGCCUGAGGCGCCCUCGUCCUUCCCUGCAGCGCACGCCGUGCCUCUGCCGGCAGUGGGCCGCCAGUACACCCUCGCCUGCAGGUACCAGUCACGGCCGUUCCCGUACAUGGCGGUGGUGUGGCCGUGUGUGGCGGUGGCGGGGGCGGCGCUGGUGGUGGCGGUGGUGUAUGUGGUGGCGGGGGAGGUGGUGCGCGUGGAGGGCGACCUGCAGCGCAUGGCGGCGCUCAAGGAGCAGAUGCGCGCCGCCAAGGUCGCUGCUGAGGCCGCCAGCCGCGCCAAGGGCACAUUCCUCGCCACCAUGAGCCACGAGAUCCGCACUCCCAUGAACUGCGUCAUCGGCAUGCUGAACCUGCUGCUGCAGACGCCCUUGGACGCGGUGCAGCUGGACUACGUGGAGACGUCGCGCACCAGCGGCAGGGCGCUCUGCUCCCUCAUCAACGACAUCCUCGACCUCUCCAAGAUCGAGGUGCGCUGGCCCCGCACUCCCGUGCUCCACACCCACACCACACGCCCCCUGCUCUCCACACCUAUGUGCACCGCACCGCACUGCACCCCUUCACUCUGCUCCUCACUUCCAAUGCUUCACUGUGUAUUGCCUGCACACAGCACAGCCUGGCAUCACCACCGAGUGCCCAUAUUCAUCCAUCAAGAUCGAGUCGCUCUCCUCUCUCCAUUCAAUUCCUGCUCCAGUGGUUCCUUCCUGCAUUAUAAUGCCCCUUCUCCUCCCCCUCCCCUCCCUCCAUGGGUGUGUGUGUUGGGUGCGUGCACGCGGGGGCGAGGGCAGGCGGGGCGGAUGGAGCUGGAGAGCAUGAGGGUGGACGUGAGGGCGGAGAUAGACGACGUGCUGAGCAUGUUUGUGGAGCGCACGCGCAACAAGCCGCAGGUCGAGGUGGCGGCACUCGUGCACGACGCGGUGCCCACGUUUGUGCUGGGCGAUGCGCUGCGGCUGCGGCAGGUGCUGAUCAACCUGCUGUCCAACAGCUGCAAGUUCACCGCCCGCGGCCACGUGCUCAUCACCGUGCGCACCGCCGCCCCCCAUGACGACCUCGCCGUCCCCGGCGCCCACUUUGCCGACGCCCGCUCCCUCGCCCGCACCUCCCUUGCCCACUCCGACCGCGCUGCUCCCAGCACCAGCGCUGCUGCAGUCACUAACACGCCCAGUGCUGAUGGUGCGGGUGCAGCAGGAGGCGGGUGGAGCUCCACCCCUGCCCCCGCUGGAGGUGCUGCCGCAAGUGCAGAUAUGUUUGCGUCUGCCGCUGCUGGUGGUGGUGGUGCUGGCAAGACCGGCGUGGCGCAUGCAGAUGGUGCACGGGGAGAAGUGAGUGCGCGUGCUGGGACAGCGAGGGGUGCAGCGCCUGGAACAACAGAACUGGCAAAUGGCAGGAGUGGGGAGGGCGGAGAGGAAACCCGCAGGUUGCAUGGAGGUGACUCAGAUGCAUGGGAGGGAGAGGUACACGGGGAAAAGGAGGAGUGUACUGGUGAGGCGGGCGCAGGGGAGAUGGUUGAUGGGGGCUCCUCCGGCGCCGUCACGCAGGCUCGAGUCGAGGCGGAGGGUCAGAUGGGCAGUGAUGGGCAGGGGCAGGGGCAAACGGGGCAGCUGCAGAACAAAGAGAUGGGGCAGGGGCAGGGGCAGGGGCAGGGGCGGAGGGGUAGGCAGGGGGAGUUUGAGACGCUGAGUGGAGUGGAGGCGGUGGAGAGCUGCAACAGCUGGGCGCGCAUCCAGGCUCUCAUGGAGCGCCCCCCCCAGGCAGGCCCGCCUCCGGGCCACCUGCAGUGCACGCCUGCAGCGCCGCACAGCAGUGGUGGGGCUGCGGGCAGGGCGGGGGAGCACGGGGGAGGUGAAGCACAGAGUGGGAUGGUGCGGCUGGUGGUGUCCGUUGAGGACACGGGGCAGGGCAUACCGUGGGCGGCGCAGCCUCGUCUGUUUCGGCCGUACGUGCAGGCGGACAUCAGCACCACGCGCACACACGGCGGCACUGGCAUCGGCCUGUCCAUCUCGCAGCACCUGGUGGCGCUGAUGGGCGGCAAGCUGGCGUUUGUGAGCCGCCCGGGCGUGGGCACGACCUUCUUCUUUGACAUGACGCUGCCCUUUGACAACCCCCCGGACCCCUCCCAUGACGCCCCCGCCUCUGCUGCUCCUGCUGCCGCCGGCAAGAGGAGAAGUGCCCCCGCACUUGCCUCUCGAGUCUCUGACCUUCAGGGGUGCACAGCGGUGGUGCUGGACGACCGGCCUGUGAGGCGCGCCGUCACAGCCACGUAUCUGCGCCGCCUCAGGCUCAACGUGCUCCUCGCUCGCCGCUGGGAGGACCUCCCCCCACUCCCCGCCCUGCCACUACCACCCUCCCCUCCUGCCCCGCCUGCUCCUGCCACUCCCCCCCAAGCUUACCCAUCCUCCCCGGGCCCACUGGCAGUGGUGGGCGUGGUGUCCCCUGCACUGCCAGGUGUGGCAGCAGGCAGCGUGGCAGCAGCAUCGCUGGCGGGGCAUGAGAGUGGUGUCACGCCCCUCUCUGAUGCCGGGCCAUCUGUUGCCGGGCCAUCUGUUGCCGUGGGAGUCAUGGCAGGCGCAGCCAGCACAGCAGCAGGCAGUGCGGGUGGCGGCGGGUCAGGGCCCCCAGCGGGCACUCCAUCGGGCGGUGCGUUCCUGCUGGUGGACGCGGAGACGCUCGCCCGCCAUGCCCGCGCCUGGCGCCACUCACUGCCCACGCCACCUGCACGCAUGCAUGAGGGAGGGCGGGGCGAGGGAGGCGAGCCUGGGGUGGGAAUGGCAGGCUUGGGCACGGGCAGGGAUGGUGGCGGGGCGGGGGGUGAUGUUGCAGGGGCGGAGGCAGAGGCAGAGGCAGGGGCAGGUGUGGGGCGUGAUGGGGCAGGUGGAGGGGAGUGCGCAGUGCCCAUUGUGCGCGCAGGCGGCGAGAGGACAGCCGUCCUCCCCUCCUCGCUGUGGAGGGCAGGGGACGCGUCCCAACAGUUGUGCGCCCCCCGGGCAGCCUCUGACGGGGCUGCCUCACCCCCUCUCGGCACACUCGCUUCUGCCACCCCCCCCACCCCUGCUGGCAGCGUGGAGAGCCCCGACGGCAGCAGUGGCGCUGGCAGUGACGCCAUGGGAGGUGGGGGCGGGGGAGGCAGCGGCGUGCUGACGAGCGCUGCUGCCAUGGCCACUGCUGCUGCCUUCUGGACCAGCCGACAGCAGCAACAGCCGGGAGGAGUGGAGGAACAGCAGCAACAAGAGCAAGGACCAAGCAUGGAGAGCGUGGCCGCCCAGGCGGGCUUCCACGCCACGCUGCUCAAACCCAUCCGCCGCGCCGCCCUCGUGGGCGCGCUGCUGCAGGCCGCCAAGCACAGCAGCAGGGGGGGCAGCAGCAGCAGCACACAGGGUGCAGAGGGCGGGCAGGGCACCUUGGGUAGGCGAGGGGAAGGAGGAUCUGAAGGAAGGAGAGGGACAGAAGUGUCAAGUCCCGAGAAUUUUAGGGGCGUGACGGGUGGGGAGCACGAUUACGUGGUUGUGGUGGAUAACGGGGCAGAGGAUGCCUGUGGGGCAGGUGCAGGCGAAGCAGAGAGAUUGGAUGGAGGAGAAUCUGUGGAGUCAGACAUGGCGCUUUCCCCUGUCACGCUCACGGGAAGGAGUGGAAACAAGGAAAUGCGUCUGAAGCAAGUGGAGGCAGGAGAGAGGAGUGGUGGUGAGAGGAGAGUGGCGGUGGAAGGGCGGGGUGGCAGCAGUGCGGCGUUGGCGAGUCCCGGGGCGAGGAGGGUGGCUGAGGGUGCCCCACAGUCGCUGACUCAGAUGCUCACUGCAGUGCUGCAUGGCAAGCACUUUCUGGUGGUGGACGACAACAUGGUGAACCGCAAGGUGAUAGCCAAGAUGCUGGAGCGAUACAAGGUGCACGUGGUGCCUGUCGUGGGGGGUGCUGUGGCCGUGGCCAAGGUGGUGCCUGGCCACGCCUUCCACUGCAUCCUCAUGGACGUCCAG